UAGGUAUAUUAGGAAUUUGGGGUCAAACAAAUUCCUUCACAAUAGUUUUUAUCAACAAACGAUUUAUCAAUAACAUAUCAAACUCCAAAAAAAAGUCCUAAAAAAAUCACCGUGCAGUCUCCGAGAUAUCACUGUUUAAAGUGAAGUCAAUUCUAAGAAUUAGCGAUGGUGCCGUUACUACACCAUACAACCGUAUUUUACCGGAACCGGUGUAGAUGUAAACAAUGUGCUCUGAGCAGCGUUCAUUAUUUGGAUCACUUUCUUGGCUAUUUUCAGCUAUAAGUAGCAUUUUCUAGGGGGAGAUGUUUGUUUAUCAAAAUCACGUCUGCUAUUAUGAGCUUGCUAGUUUUUCAGCUUCAUAUAGAUAAAAUAAAGAAUCAUGUCUGCUGUUAUCUUCAAUUAUUUACCUGUGUGUGAUGUCAUGAGACAACUGUGCUUUCCCUGCAUAUGAGGAAACAACUGUAUAUAACAAAAAAUGAGCCUGGAAGAAACCAGUAUAGACAUAACUAAAAAGGUUUGUUUCAUCUGUGGAGAGCAAGAUGACCGUCAAGUUUCAAAACUUGGAGAAAAGGGAUGUCAAGGACUUUCAUAAGCUGCAAAAAUCUAUAAAGACCAGAUUAUCGUGUUUGUUCCGGGACAAUAUGUGCAUAUCGACUGCAGUAAGACAUAUUGCCACCCAAACCAAACCAGUAGUAGAGGGAAAUCCACAUCAAACUUCAUGUCAAGUCCCAAAACCAGGCAAUCAACAACUGGAAAUUCGUUUGACUUUGGAACAAAAUGCUUAUUUUGUGGUUCUGAUGCUAAAUUUAGAAAUGGAAAAAGAGGCAUUGACGUUCAUCCUGUUAUGACUCCAGAAUUUGAGUUGACUAUUAGGGAGUCAUGUAAAUCUAGGUGUGAUGAAUGGGGUGCUACUGUUCUUGGGCGACUUGAGUCCACAAAUGACCUUCCUGCUGUAGAAGCACGUUACCACCAAGCUUGUUCUGCUAAUUUCAGAUCAGGUUAUAAUGUACCAAAAUUGUAUAUGAAUGAGAAUGUCACGCCUAAAAAGGGUCGGCCAAUUAAUACUUCUUCUGAUCAAGCAUUUCUUCAGUUAAUGAAUUAUUUUGAAGAGCAUGAAUCUGAUCAAAUGACAGUGAAUGACCUUUGUGAGAAAUUGAACAAAUUGUGUGGUGAAUCUUCUUAUAGUAACGUAUAUAUGAAGAAGAAAAUUCUAGAACAUUUUGAUAAUAAUGUUGUUAUAACUGAACUUAAUGGAAAACAAAAUGUUGUUACAUUUAAAACUACUGCACAUUCUAUAUUGCAUUUAUUUUACAAAAGAAGUAAUGCAAAUGAUAAGGAAUGUGAAAAGAGAGCUAUUAUUAAAACUGCAGGUAAACUUAUUUUGAAUGAAAUAAAAAACAUGACAGAGAUAACAAAAGAACAGUAUCCAUCUUCAGCAGAUAUAAUGUCUAUUGAUUCAAAUUAUGAAUAUUUACCUGAAGGUCUUCUGUGCUUUUGGCAGCAGCUCAUUGACAGUACAAAUAAAAAUAGAAAAAUUUCAUCCAUAGGUCAAGCUAUAAUUCAGGCAGCAAUACCAAGAAAAGUCAUUGCACCACUACAAAUUGGGUUAGGUGUUCAAAUGCACCAUCACUUCGGUUCCAAGGUUCUGAUAGAAACCCUCAACAGCCUAGGAUUUUGCUCUUCCUACCAUGAAGUCCAACGUUUUGAACAAAGUGCAGCUGUUUCACAAGGAAUACAAAUAGAAAGUUCAAACGAACAGUUUGUUCAAUUUAUUGGCGAUAAUGUAGACCACAACACUGGUACUAUUGAUGGACUUAACACUUUCCAUGGCAUGGGAAUCAUUGCUGCAAUUACACCUGGUAAGGAACAAAGGCAUAUUAUUCCACGCAUACAUACGACAGGUGAAGAUAUUAUUGCUGUUGGAAAAAUUGAUAUUAAAUUUUACAAACAAUCAACAAACAAAAUGGAAUCGAUGUUUUUUCAAAAGUUGUCAAGUAUUGACGAUGUUGAAGAUCAGCUUGAAGAAUUGAACUUCUUGAUUAAACUUGCUCGACCUUUAAAACCUGAACUUCCAGGUUGGUCAGGAACGAUGCAGUUAGUACAAACAGGAAACUUUCCUGGAAAAUCAAGAGUAGUAUUCAUGCCAAUGUUAGACCUAAAUCCUAGUGAUAUGUCUUGUAUCUUCUCAACCCUGUACUUCAUAGCAUGCCAGUCAAGAAAGAUGAACACAACACCAGUGGUAACCUUUGACCAACCACUAUACUGGAAGGCAUUACAUAUUGUCAUCAACGAACCUGAAGGAAGUGAUGUAAAGGAUGUCAUUGUAAGACUUGGUGGAUUUCACACAGAAAUGAGUUUUCUAGGCUGUAUCGGUAAAUUAAUGGAAAAUACUGGACUGAUAGAACUUCUGUCAACUGUGUAUGCUCCAAAUGCAGUAGGUCACAUGUUAAAUGGUAAAGCGAUUAGCAGAGCGAUCAGAGGACAUAUACUUGUAAAUGAUUCCUUAGAAACAUUGCUAGUUGAGCAAUCAUUUGCUGAUACACAACCUAAUAUUGAUGCAAACAAUAACAUUUUUGUUGAAGACUUAAUAGAUAAAAUUCUCACGAAAGAAACCAAACCAGAGACACUGCAUGAAAACCUGAUGAUAGCCAACAUGAUGGAUCAAUAUGACAAAACUAAAAUAGAGGUAGCCAAAUCCAGAACUGCAAAAUUAUGGCUACAAUACAUGGAAAUGGUUCACAUCCUUCAACAAUUCAUAGCAGCUGAGCGCUUAGGAAAUUGGAAAGGACACCUGAAUGCUUUGCUUCGGAUGCUUCCAUACUUUGCCUCCGCUGGACACAACCUCUAUCUCAAAUCCGGUUACAUAUAUCUACAACAAAUGUUGAAUUUGGAAGAAACGAACCCAGACAUUUACCAUCACUUUUGUAAAGGCAAUCAUGUUAUACGAAGAAGCGAGCGUUAUUGGGCGGGUCUUUCAACAGACCUAGUAAUAGAACAAGUUCUAAUGAGAAGUGUUAAGUCAGUAGGGGGGAUGACACGUGGCAGAGGAAUGUCUGAGGUACAACGAGCACAAUGGCUUCUCUCUAUGCCUGCCUGUUCAGAAAUGAACAGUGCAAUGCAGGACUUUUCCAGUCAAACCUAUGCAACAAGUCCCCAACACAAAGAGUGCUCUAAAUCUAGAAUUCAGCAUGACAAUAAAGACAGGGCCACCUUCAAGGAUUUUCUACAAGAGCAUAAUCCCUUCCUUGAAGAACAAUGCUUAAGAAACAUUGAAACUGGUGCCCUUGCUGAGAAUAAUGUUAAUGUGGAUGAUGCUAAAAGUAUAGGACAGAAAAUAAUUAAAGAAAUGGAAGAAAAAAAUGUAUUGACAUAUUGCUUUAAGCGCACCAAUCAGGUCGUGACUCUUGGUUCUAAGAACAAUUUGAGGGUUGGCGGUGAUGAAAUUUCUGUUGAUCCACAGCUCCUGUUCCAAAGACUGAUCACUGCAGCAGAUUAUACUAUCGAAGACACAGAAACACUUUUAAGCUAUGAGUUAUGCGCCAAUCCAUCCUCAAUAUUUGAUUCGUCUGGUCUCCUUCGGGAAGCACAGAAGCCAUUACUUGCAAAUGAAAUUUGGGAUUUGGGAGCUUGUGGAGUAGAUGAAAUUCCAGAAGAUGUUGAAUUUGUACUUGAUGGUGGCUCACUUCUACAUCGUAUACCUUGGGCGUAUGGUGCAUCUUUUGGCGAAAUAUGUACUCAAUAUACAAAUUUGGUGGAACAAAAAUAUGGAAAAGCACAUAUCGUUUUUGACGGAUACAUUAAUGGACCUUCAAUAAAAGAUGCUACACAUCAGCGUCGAUCAAAGGGAGCUACGGGCAUUAGAAUUUUAUUUAAUGAAAGUACACCGUUCAAAACCAAAAAAGAAAAGUUUCUCCUUAAUCCAAACAACAAACAAUGCUUUAUUGAAUUAUUAGGUACACAUCUAACUGAUAAAGGUUGUCAUGUACUUAAUGCCAGCAAUGAUGCCGACCUUCUGAUCGCUAAAACUGCUGUAGAUAUUUCAACUGAUGAUAAUGUAGUCGUUGUUGGAGAGGACACUGACCUGCUUGUGUUGCUUUGUCAUCAUGCUCAUUUGAACAGAAAAAGAAUAUACCUAAAGUCGGACACAAAGACUAGUGUUAAAAGAAAGAAGAUAUGGGAUCAGUCUUCGAAUUAGCCUAUAAGCCCGAAGCCCGAGUCGAUUCUUGGGCCGGUCGGUCGAUCCUAAAUGCUAAUAAAAUAGCCCGAUCGGUCGAUUAAAUAUUUGAGCGUCAUAUCAAUAACCUGAUUUAUACGCGUUUUUAAGAAGCACGUUUAAAUUUGCUAUUUAAAUGCCUAAAAUGACGUUUUAAAUCAUGCGGCCGCCAUUUUUCUAAACUGUCGUGUAAGCAUCCGGGUAUGUUGCUAUUUAAAGUAAUGAUGCAAUUGACGCCCAACCAAGAUGAGGUUAUUCAAACUGAACAUGUGUAGAUCACGUUCCGGGAUGUUCGCGCAUCGGGCACUUCGUAAUGUUUUAAAAUAAUGACCAAUCUAGAAGCGUAUUUAAUUUGAGAAGCGUUUUCCGAAAAUGUAUUUAUAAUUCAUGAAAAAUGGACAAGUAAUUUUUUCAAUAAAAAUUAAAGAGUCUGUAAGGGAUAUUGUACGCAUUGGGUUAAAACAAAUUGAUACUUAUUACAGGUAGGUUUCCAUGUGUUUUAAUCAAUUAUUUUUGCGCAUUAGAAUAAGUUUUUUUAAUGUAUUAUUAAUAAUUGUAGUACUUUCGUUUAUUCUGUAAUCUCGUUCUGCUACGUGACCUAUUUUGCUACUUAUAAUCUGUUUACAAAUAUACAAUACUUUUCACGGUUGACACAUGCUUAUCAAAACAUCGGGAGUAAAUUAAAGAAGCAGACAUUGUCACUUGUAGAUUGGGCAAUUAACACACCCAGUGGCCUUUUGUUCUGAAGUCACAUGCCGACAAUUCAGAAAUUCACCGGCGAUUGUCCUAGUAAUAAUACGAUAAUAAUCUGUUAUUUUAAUAGGCUGAUGUAUUUUUGAAGUUUUUCGGAUAUUUUUUAAACAUGAUAAUAAUUCGCUUUAAAAUAAAACAAAACACCGGUCAAACUGAUUAAUGGAAUCAUUGAAUGAGAACAUGUGUAAUAAUAAAGUUACAAUAAACAGCAUAAUUAUCUGGUGCAUUUUGUAUAAAAUGCAUUUCAAAAGGAAACAUUAUACCCUUUAUUACUGUAAUCACAUGCAUCUGUUUUUACUAAUGGAAGUAGAUUUUCUGAUUGUUAAUAACUAUUUUGGUGUUCCUGGCCAAAAAAGUCAUAAGAUUUAAAUUGACCUCCUCGGGCUAUUGAACAUGUCUUCGGGCUAUUCAAAAUUCCAUCGUAUUAGCCCGAAGGGCUAUUUGGCUAAAAUAUUUAGCGUGAAGACUGUAUGGGAUAUUACUGAAACACAAAAAGUGCUGGGGUAUGAUAUUUGUUACAUUUUACCAUUUAUACAUGCAUUUACAGGUUAUGACACCACAUCGAGGAUAUAUGGUAUUGGAAAGGGUGUUCUGAAAAAAGCUUUGAAUGACUCGAACUUCAAAAACCAAGCAAAAGUUUUUAUGAACACUUCUUCACAUUCUACAAUUGAGGAAGCAGGAGAACACGCAUUCAAAUGUGUUUACAACGGAAAUCAGAUUGAGGAUUUGGACGCUCUUCGAUUUAGAAAAUUUGUGCAAAAGGUUAACACAAGUAACAAUGUGGUACAAGUUGAAACUCUUCCUCCAACUAAGGCGGCAGCAAGGUUUCAUAGCUUUAGAACAUAUUUACAAGUCCAAACCUGGGUCGGUAGUGAACUAAAUCCAUUAGAGUGGGGCUGGAGAAAAGAGAAUGACUUGUUGACACCUGUAAAGUGUAAUAUGUUAGCAGCGCCUGAGCGGUUAUUAAAUGUCAUACGAUGUAACUGUAAAACCGGUUGUGAUACCAAAAGAUGUAGCUGUCGGAAACAUGGUUUAAAAAUGCACGGGUUGUUGUGGUGAAUGCAAAGGAACAAGUUGUAGUAACGUACAGUCAAUUAUUGAAGAGCUGGAUAUCUAGAAUUAAAAAAAUCAGAUAUCUUUAAAUGUAAAUGCAAUUGGUAAAGUGUAUAACAUAAACCAUCAAAUGUUUUGUAACUUUACAUAAGCAAAGCAUAAUUGCUCAGCUAGUAGUGUUAAUUGUUACGUAUCAUCCUUUUUUAAAUUCAAAUCAAUAAUGAGAUGAGAUUGUAUAUUUCAAACACACUUUCGGUGUUAAAUGUUUUAAUAUAUAUCAUAUUAUAUUAUAUAUAAUAUAAUAUUAUACCUAAACUGUAAUGUAGCUUGAAUAUUGCCUUUAACAAAGAAUUAUUGUUAAGUUGUUAAUGCUAGUUGUUAUGUUUUAAUUAUUUAAUAAGCAUAUUGAAAAUGCAGAAAUAUCUUGAUAAUAAAAAAACUUCAUCCAAUUAACGCAAAUUUCGAUUUUUUAGUCAAUUUGUCAAAUGUUGAAUGAAAUAUUUUCUUGUUAAUAUUAAGCUAAAUCAACUGUCAUAAAUUUAGAGUUCUCUUUUAUGCAAAGUCUUAGAAUGAAAUAUGAUUGAUUAGUAUAAUUGCUAACGUUGAAACGAUAAGGGUUCAUGCUUUAUCACAUGUUAUUUCAUCAAAUUACUUACAAAAUGACUAAAAAAUGUAAUUUCUGAAAAAAAUAUCACUUAUUCAAGAUAGAUAAUUUGAAAAAUGUUACAUAUAUAUCAUAUUCCACCAUAAAAUGAUAAAUUAACAUUGAAAUAAAUGGAAAAUGUA